AUGUCUUCAAGUGACUCAGAAAACGAGAGCCCGACAUUGUUUUUUGAACUUGCCCUGCAAAUCUACACGAGCCUUCUUCUGCUCAUAGGACUACCGGGCAAUGCGAUUAGUGGCUACAUUAUGGCCAACGACCGUACAAAUCGAGUCACCACGCGGAUUCUGAUGGUUAUUAUUGCAGCAGCAGAUACUGCUGUCCUCCUCACAGCAGUCACUCGCUACUGGGCUCUAGAAGUGCUGAACACUGAUUUUCGAAACUAUUCUGACUGGAUUUGCAAGACGCACGUUUUUGCCGUAGCCUUCUUCACAGACUUUGCCGUUGGUGCUUUGUGUGCUGUGGCUGUGGAACGAUUUCUCGUUGUCGCCUUCCCUCAACGAGCCAACGCCGUUGCCUCGACACUAACUGUCACCACAGGAAUGCUCGCGUUUGCAGUCAUAUUGUCAGCCAAAAACGGCAUCCACUUCCUCAUAAUGGGUCUGCGACGCAUGACAACAGAACAGAAUGUGACUGUUUUCGUAUGCACACCCGACGAAGACUACACGAAGUGGACUAGGCUCUUUAUGAAGAUCGACUUUAUCAGCUUCGCUAUUCUGCCUUAUGUCAUUUUGUUUUCAUGCAACUUGUACAUAUUUUGUGUGCUGAGAAGACAGCGCAAACUCCUUUCUGCUGCAAUUAACCAAAGACAAAGACAGAAGGUCCUUCUUGUGGCAAACUUAGGCUCCGAUUCUUUAACCCUUCCAACAACCUCUCCCGAUAUUGAAGAGAGCGGUAGUCGCACUAGAGACUUUCGGGCUAGUUCUCGAUGUGGAAGUCAAGCAAAAUCAAUUUUGGGCAGUGGUUCUUCCAAACCUGAAAGAAAAAAACGGAAACCCGAGGAUGUAAUAAAAGUGCUCACAGCAUUAACGGUAGUCCAUGUGGUUUGCACGCUUCCGGGAACCAUUUUUACUCUUCUUACUGAGUACAUGGACUUAAAGAGGCAGAAGCCGACAAAGUACGUGCUUGUGAUGCUAAUUUUCACCAACAAUGCAAUCAACUUUUUCGCUUACUUGGCCUCAAGUGAGCGCUUCCGAAGUCAGUUCGCCAAUCUGUUCUCCUGUGGCCGCGCUACUCGACGAUAA